GGGAGGGAAGGAGGAGGCUCCAUCCUCUCCUGCUGAUCCAAGGAGGGAGGGAAGGAGGAGGAGGCUCCGUCUGCUCCCCGCGGCGCCUCGGCGUGCCGGGACAGAGCCGCGUGCUCGCAGGCAGCGCCAUGGCCGAGCGGCUGUCGGAGGAGAAGAUCGCCGAGUUCAAGGAAGCGUUCUCCCUGUUCGACCGCGACGGCGACGGCUGCAUCACCACCAAGGAGCUGGGCACCGUCAUGCGCUCGCUGGGCCAGAACCCCAGCGAGGCCGAGCUGCAGGACAUGGUGGGCGAGGUGGACGCCGACGGCAGCGGCACCAUCGACUUCGCCGAGUUCCUGUCGCUGAUGGCCAGGAAGAUGCGGGACACGGACAGCGAGGAGGAGAUCCGCGAGGCCUUCCGCGUCUUCGACAAGGACGGCAACGGCUACAUCAGCGCGGCCGAGCUGCGCCACGUCAUGACCAACCUGGGCGAGAAGCUGACGGACGACGAGGUGGACGAGAUGAUCAAGGAGGCCGACUGCAACAACGACGGGCAGGUCAACUACGAGGAGUUCGUGAGGAUGAUGACGGAGAAGUGAUGGCCUUGCUCAGGUAACUCCUCCUCUGCCCCAUCCUCCUGGAGAAUCCAUCUUGUGCUUUUUUAUUUUUAAUUUUUUUUUAUUUGUUUCCAUAGGGAGCAGAGGUUGUGGUGGUGGUUCUGUCCCCAGCCCCUCUUUGAUCCCGGUGGGAGCGUCGCCAGCCUUGGAUUUGCAGAUGGAUUUGGGGUCCCUGUGGGAUGUCUCGUGUUUAUAAAUAUUCCAGUGGUCACUGGAUAUUCCCUGACAUCCCUGAGUCCAAUAAAAACCGUCCCCCCACAUCCUGGUGGCUGCUUCAUUCAGCUUCUCCUUGGGAUCCUUGCAAAAACAAUUCCCUGAAAUCGUCCUGGUCAGGCUCAAAGCAAACUCAUCCCCAUCCUCUUCCCACUCCAUCCCUUCUCUGGAAAGCUGGAAAGAUGCUGGAGGCCAUCCCAGAUCUCAUCCCUUGUGGGAUCUGUCUCCACUCCAGGAUCUCAGGGUGUUUUCCCUUUUCCAAACUGAGAAAAACUGGAUUUAUCCCCAAUCCCCACCCCAAAUCUCAUCCCUUGUGGGAUCUGUCUCCACUCCAGGAUCUCAGGAUGCUUUUCCAUACUGAGAAAAACUGGAUUUAUCCCAAAUCUCAUCCCCUUUGGGAUCUCUCUCCACCCCCAGAAUCUCAGUGUGUUUUUCCCUUUUCCAAACUGAGCAAAGCUGGAUUUAUCCCCAAUCCCCAUCCCAAAUCUCAUCCCUUUUGGGAUCUCUCUCCACCCCAGGAUCUCAGGGUGUUUUUCCCUUUUCCAAACUAAAAAAACCUGGAUUUAUCCCUAAUCCCUAUCCCAAAUCUCAUCCCUUUUAGGAUCUGUCUCCACCCCCAGGAUCUCAGGUUGCUUUUCCAAACUGAGAAAAACUGGAUUUAUCCCAAAUCUCAUCCCUUUUGUGAUCUCUCUCCACUCUAGGAUCUCAGGGUGUUUUCCCUUUUACAAACUGAGCAAAACUGGAUUUAUCCCCAAUCCCCAUCCCAAAUCCCAUCCCUUUUAGGAUCUGUCUCCACCCCAGGAUCUCAGGGUGCUUUUCCAUACUGAGAAAAACUGGAUUUAUCCCUAAUCCCAAUCCCAAAUCUCAUCCCUUUUGUGAUGUCUCUCCACUCCAGGAUCUCAGGGUGUUUUCCCUUUUACAAACUGAGAAAAACUGGAUUUAUCCCCAAUCCCCAUCCCAAAUCUCAUCCCUUUUGGAAUCUGUCUCCACCCCCAAGAUCUCAGGGUGCUUUUCCCUUUUCCAAGCUAAGAAAAACUGGAUUUAUCCCUAAUCCCAAUCCCAACCUGAGCAGAGCAGGGCUCACCUUUGCUGCCCUAAUCCCAAACCGACCGUGACUCAGCUCCCCCCAGCGAGGGGCAGCGCUGGGAUGGGAUCAGAGCAUUGGAAAUUAAAAUUCCCUUUAAUGGCUCUAAUUAACACUCCAUUGCUAACGAGCGAACGGGGCUGAGCUGCUCCGGAUCCUCCACUCAGCCCUUCCCUGGGGCCGGGAACUUUGGCAAUCCCGGUUGUUUUCCCGGGAGAACCGGGCGGGUCCUGGCAGAGCCCAGCCCGCCCACACUCGCUCCCAGCUCCUUCUCCUCACAUUCCCGGGGUGAGUGCAGCCCCAAAUCCACCAAAAUCCAACCAGAAAAUAUUCCAGGGUCACAGCAGGUUAUUGUGAUGGAAUGGCCAAAAUUAGUCCUUCC